AACACAUGAGUGUGAACGGCAUAUUCAGGAAGCAGCAGCCACAGUCAUGGAAGCUAAUGGACUAAAGAAUUUGAAUGUUGACCCGGAGAAGCUGUUCACCAAGCUUGAGCGGAUCGGGAAGGGGUCCUUUGGAGAAGUCUUCAAAGGCAUUGACAAUCGCACGCAACAGCUAGUUGCUAUCAAGAUCAUCGACCUGGAGGAGGCUGAGGAUGAAGUGGAGGACAUACAACAGGAGAUUACAGUUCUCAGCCAGUGUGACAGCCCCUUCAUCACUAAAUACUAUGGCUCUUAUCUGAAGGACUCAAAACUAUGGAUCAUCAUGGAAUAUUUAGGAGGGGGCUCAGCUCUGGAUUUGCUGGGACCAGGAGCUCUUGAUGAGUAUCAUAUUGCCACCAUCCUCCGAGAGAUCCUUAAGGGUCUGGAUUACCUACAUUCAGAGAAGAAAAUUCACCGAGAUAUUAAAGCUGCCAAUGUCCUGUUGUCAGAGCAGGGUGAUGUGAAGCUAGCUGAUUUCGGUGUGGCUGGGCAGCUCACAGACACACAGAUCAAGAGGAACACGUUUGUGGGCACUCCAUUCUGGAUGGCACCAGAGGUCAUUAAACAGUCAGAGUACGACUCAAAGGCAGAUAUCUGGUCAUUGGGCAUAACUGCAAUUGAGCUGGCAAAAGGAGAGCCACCCCACUCUGAUCUUCACCCCAUGAAGGUGUUGUUUCUCAUCCCUAAGGAAAAUUCACCCACACUGGAAGGAAACUGCAAUAAAGCUCUCAAAGAGUUUGUAGAUGUCUGUCUCAAUAAAGACCCCAACUUUAGGCCAACAGCUAAAGAGCUUUUGAAACACAAACUUAUCCUUCGAUAUUCCAAGAAGCCAUCAUACCUGACAGAACUCAUAGACAAGUACAAGAAAUGGAAAGUAAAACAGACCCAUGAUGAGUCCAGCUCAGAUUCAGACUCAGAUGAUGGUGAAGCAUCUGGAGAGUCUGUGAAUGAUGACUGGAUCUUCAACACUAUCAUAGACAAAGAGCCCAAACGGGAACAGAACGGAGUCAAAAAUAAGGUUCCAGACAGUCCAAAAAGGUCUCCGUCCCAGUGUAUGUCCUCUAUUAUGUCCCCAUUGUUUGCAGAGCUGAAGCAGAAGCGAGGUGUGUAUAAGCCGGCGGUGUUGGAGGAGCUGAAGCAGGCCAUGCUCCUGGCGGAAGAGAAGUGUCCCGGGAUCACCGACUCUAUGGUGACGGAGGUGGUUCAGAGGUUAAAGAGGUUUUCCUCUCAUCACUGACUCUGCAUGAAGACUCUUUCUCUGUGGGUGUGACUUUUGACUCACAGUGCACUUCAACACACAUGGACACUGAAUGGUGUGUGUUCUUUUAGGAUGAUGUUGUAGCAUAGUGUGUUUAUGACGUGUUUUCCCAGAC